CGUCCAUUCAUUUCAUUCAUCAGUCACGUCAAUCAAGCCUUCAUGUACACGGAUCACUAGAUGAGUCUAUACACAGUGACCCACACGCUCGGGCGUCCAUCAUGCAACACAGACUGUGUGUUAGAGAGAGAGAGAGAGAGAGAGUGUCUGCCUUGCCUGAAGGUCGUGAGUCAUGCUGCCUUGGCUGCUGUGGGCAGCAUCAUGACCUGCCUGAGCUUGCCCACUCUCCUGCACUGCCGCCUCUGCUCCUCGGGUGUGCUCAUGCAUUUCCCCGCCGUGUGCACUAAAGCCAGCUCAAAGGCGGAGAAGGCCCUGAAGAUUUGAUGACACACACAUACACACAUGGCACAUGACACACAUAAGGUACCUGAGGCUGCCGCUGCGACAGGCAAAAGACUCUUUACUGGCUGCUCUGCUUACCACUGAAAUAUGCGAAAAUGCUUGACGAAUUUGUUGAACCGAAAGUAGGAGAGCCAGUUGAUGUAGGCAAUCAGGAAACAUUGGGCGAACCAAAACACAGAAUAACGCAAAUUCUGCACACACACAGCACACAUGCACAACACACAUGGCCGAGCCCUGCAUUCCACUCCAGGCAGCCUCUUUCAUGUGAUCUCUCUCACGGUUUCUAGUGCGGCAAAGAACUCUCUGAGAAUGCCGUCUCUGUCAAAGUGGCGCCUGGCCAUCCACCACCUCACACACAGAUACAGCGAGUGAUACAUCAUCCCUGCACACACACAACAGAACAAAACAGACACACUGUGGUCUUCUCUCUCUGUCUGGUCUUGUUUCUGACUCACUGACCAGAUCCGCAGAGGACGAAUAUGAUUGACGUGACGAGUGUGCCCGAGAGGGCCGCACUCUGUGUCACCACCUCUGUCACAUUCAACCCAAUCAACAAAAACAACAACUACAUGAUCACAUACACAACAUACACACACACACAGAUAUACAAACAACAGUGAAGCGGUCUGUGUUGCCAUUUCUCCCGCACCUGCUCACCAGUAUGACAGCGAAGCAGAACCAAACGGUCAUUUGGCACACUCGCCAGUACCGGUGCAGCACAGGACACAGCGGCAGCGGCAGCGCCAUACCCACACACCCGUCAUCCCACCCAUACACACGGCUCUCCAUCGCCUGUGAGCAAACAAGCAAAGCAAAGCAAAGCAAAUGCCAUCCAUCCUUCCUGUGUUUGCCAUAGAAUCUCGCGUGUUGACUGACCUGGAAGGUAACGUGGAGGAGCAGCCAGAGAAAGGGCACGUAAUGCAGUGAGGCCGACAGGCACACAAUCAUCUCGCAGUCCAGGACGAUGAACCGGAAGAGGGCGAACGUGAUGUGCACCGCCUUGAGCACAAAGAAGUGCGCCGAGUAGGACGGAUGCAUGGCGUGGAGGCUCCGCCGACCGGCGAACUCCGGCGGCUGGGAGAGCUUGCCCUCGGCCAGCUGCUGGAACAGACAGAUGAUGUCUGACACACACGCCCACAAACACACAUCAAUCGUCGGAUUUGUCAGUGAGUGAUGCGCACUGGGCUUACACACGACGCAUGAGCAGAGAUAGACAUCUGCAGGCGGACACACACACAGACAACAGUCAAUUGACUGUUGUGUCACACAUUGGCUGCCUGACUCACCGAAGAAAACGGUAUACAACGAUGCCAUACAGAGUCGGGCAUCACAAGACGACUGCAGACAAACAACAGCAUUGCAUUGCAGUGAUGGAAAACCCAGGGCGAGUGAGCAACCUUCUCGUGUGUAAGCGCUCACCCUUGGCGCUUGCGCUUUCAGCCACUAUCACAAGAAGAGCACCAGCUGAGCUGUUUUGCUCCUUCUGCGCUUCGCUUCUUCAGGCAGGCGCUUCAGAAUCUUCCAGGCAACUUGCAAGCUAGGCUUGCAGGUGG